AUGUCCCUGCAAUCUCACGAAACGAAGGACCUGUUGGACAUUGUCGACAAUCUCCGAUCACAUGGAAUCAAUCGCUACAUCGACCUGCCCGAGAUCAUCGUAUGCGGCGAGCAGUCUUCUGGCAAGAGCUCUGUGCUCGAAGCGGUGUCGGGCGUCAAGUUUCCCAGCAAGGAUAACCUCUGCACCAGGUUUGCGACUGAGCUGAUCCUUCGACGGGGCCCAGAGGCACCAAUCAAAAUCAGCAUCGUUCCUGGUUCGCGCGAGAAAGAUCGCUCAGAGAGCGACCUAGAGAAGCUGCACAACUUUCACUACUCCGGCUCAUUGCAAGAGUUCGACCUUGAGCCCGUUAUAGAGGCAGCAAAGGAGGCGAUGGGUAUUGCGGAAGGAGGCAGUAAAGUGUUCAGUUCCGACAUCCUUCGCCUGGAGCUAUCUGGACCCGAACAGCCGCACCUUACCCUUGUUGAUCUACCCGGCCUGUUCCAAGCCGGCAGUCGUUCUCAGUCUGACACAGAUGCCGAGACGGUGAAAUCGCUUGUACUCUCGUACAUGACGAAUCCACGCAGCAUCAUACUCGCCGUCGUAUCCGCCAAGAACGACUUCAACAAUCAGUCGAUUACCAAGUGUUCGCGCGAUAUCGACCCAGCCGGAGAACGUACCCUGGGGCUGAUCACAAAGCCGGACACACUGGACAAGGGAUCUGACAUGGAGCGAUUCUACUUUGAGCUGGCGGAGAACAAGGAGGUAACGUUUCGACUAGGAUGGCAUGUGCUUCGUAACCGGGAUUACGCUUCUAAGGACGCGACUACGAAAGAGCGCGACAAAGCCGAAGCUCUCUUCUUCGCAAGCGGAGUCUGGCAGGAGUUUUCAGCAGAUCGAACCGGAGUUCACAGCCUAAAGCCUAGACUCAGCAAGAUCCUUAAGGACCAUAUCGUCGCACAACUUCCCGAUGUGCUUGCGCAGAUCAAGGGCGGCAUUGCGGGAUGUACAGGGCGGCUGAACACUCUUGGCACAUCCCGGGCCACGACGUCAGACCAACGACGUUACCUUUUGCAAGUCAGCCAGUCAUUCACUACACUCAUCACAGCUGCGGUCGACGGUCAAUACUCAGACCCGUUCUUUGGUGACGCUUCAACCGAUGAAGGUUAUCAACGGCGUUUACGAGCUGUUCUCCAGACCACCCUGAUAGAGUUCGCCGCCGAUAUGCGCAAGAAAGGCCAUGCUGUCACUAUCCUAGACGAAGUAUCGACUGGACCUCUACCCCAAUACCAGACAUCUCGCGCACACUACAUUGCCAACGUGAGCAAACUUCUGGAGCGAAGCAGAGGUCGAGAAUUGCCUGGAACGUUCGACCCACUUAUUGUCGGGCAGCUAUUCCACGAACAACGAAAGCCGUGGCCAGACAUGGUCGAUGAAUGCUUGGAGAUAAUCAUCCGUGCUGCUCACAGGCUGGCUCGCAAAGCUCUAGAGCAC